UCUCUGCAGUAAGCUACAGUAUAUCUUUGAGUUAUUAGGCGGAAGAAAGGUAGGGAGAUUUAGCUGGAAAAAAAAAUCUGUUCUGCUUCUGUUUGCUUAUUUUAUCUUUUUUUUUUUUUGGCUCCCAAGAGAAUGGCUCAGGUCUCUCUGAAUGAUCAGAAGAGGAAGUGAAAAAUUCCCCUGACACAAAGAUGAAGAUUUGCUUUUCAUUACUCAGGUUUCAAUCUUGAGCGAGUAGCCACAAGACGAGGAAGAAACUCUUAGGGAAGACUUUUUAUUUUUAUAAAUUGAGAGGAAAGAAGUCCAAGUAAAAGAUCUUCCCCAAUCCCAGCAAAGCCUCUUGGCUUUUAUCUUGUUCAAAAGGAUCGAAGGAUGAGUUUGGAAAUGACAGAUAAUGAAAGAAAUAGCUUUCAAGGAUUUGUGAAUGCUUAACGGGGGGACCAGAGAAAGAGAGGGAAGAAAGAAAGAAAUUGAAGAAAUUGAAGCUAGCAAGUAAGAGGAGCCACAGCAUGGGGAACUGCUGCCACAAGAAUUGUGCAAGUCUGGAGUCCUACGUGCUUUGGCUUUUCAAAGUUUGUGAUUGCAGGUCAGGAGGUAAGACGGCGACAGGCGACGAUACAAAUGGCUCUUCGGUAGGACCAGUGAUAACACCUCCACUCAGAACGGUAGAACAGAGCUGCAGAUUUGUUGCCUUGUUUCCUUACCAAGCCCGGACUGAGGAUGAUCUGAGUUUUCAACCUGGAGAUAAGCUUGAAGUGCUGGAUACCACUCAGGAGGGCUGGUGGUUUGCAAACCUGCUUGUGGAGAAUGGUCUUGCCAGACCUGGACAAAAACUGCAAGGCUAUAUCCCAGCUAACUAUGUCGCUCCUGACCAGAGUAUUGAAGCUGAACCGUGGUUUUUUGGGGCUAUUAAACGAGCAGAUGCCGAGAAACAGCUCCUUUAUCAUGAGAAUGAGACAGGAGCCUUUCUAAUCCGAGAGAGUGAAAGUCAAAAGGGUGAAUUUUCCCUUUCAGUUCGGGAUGGAGCAACUGUGAAGCACUACCGAAUCAAACGAAUGGACAACGGUGAUUUUUUUAUGACACGGAGGGCAACAUUUCACACUUUGAAUGCUUUUGUCACGCACUACAGUAAAUCCAGUGAUGGGCUGUGUGUAAGGCUUGGCAGGCCUUGCAUAAAGACAGAAGUCCCAGCUCCAUAUGAUUUAUCAUAUCAAACUGUAGAUCAUUGGGAGAUUGACCGAAAUUCUCUACAACUUUUAAACAGAUUGGGUUCCGGGCAAUUUGGUGAGGUCUGGGAAGGAUUAUGGAAUAACAGAACACCAGUGGCAGUUAAAACAUUAAAACCAGGUUCAAUGGAUCCAAAAGACUUCCUCAGGGAGGCACAGAUAAUGAAGAAUUUGAGACACCCUAAGCUUAUACAGCUCUAUGCUGUUUGCACUUUACAGGAUCCAAUUUAUAUUGUUACAGAGCUGAUGAGACAUGGGAGUCUGCUAGAAUAUCUCCAAAAUGAUGCAGGUUCCAGAAUCCACUUGCCAGAACAGGUAGACAUGGCAGCUCAAGUGGCCUCUGGAAUGGCUUACCUGGAAUCCCAAAAUUUCAUCCACCGAGAUUUGGCAGCAAGGAAUGUCCUGGUUGGUGAUCACAAUGUUUACAAAGUGGCAGAUUUUGGACUUGCACGGGUUUUUAAGGUAGAAAAUGAAAAUGUCUAUGAAGCCAAACAUGAAACAAAGCUCCCAGUGAAAUGGACAGCCCCUGAAGCAAUUCGCUCUAAUAGGUUUAGCAUUAAGUCUGAUGUCUGGUCUUUUGGAAUACUCCUUUUUGAAAUAAUCACUUAUGGAAAAAUGCCCUAUGCAGGUCUGAUGGGUUUUCAAGUGCUCCAGAAAUUGGACCAAGGAUACAGAAUGCCUCAACCAGCUAAUUGUCCUCUAGAAUUAUACAACAUUAUGCUACAGUGUUGGAACGUCGAACCCAAAGAGCGACCAACCUUUGAAACGUUGCAUUGGAGAUUGGAAGAUUAUUAUGACAUGGAUUCCACAUCUUAUGCAGAUGCAAAUACUUUUAUACGUUGAAUGAAUACAUGUUGCUACUGCUCAAGAACAACUUUCUUUUAGGAAUAAAAAAAAAAUCAUUUCAAGUCGAAGUUGUAGAAUGAAGAUAAAUCUACCUGUGUGUGUGUGUCUGUGUGUGUGUCUGUGUGUGUGUGUACAGAUACAUAUAUGCACACACAUACAAACACACAUACAAACACAUACACACAUAGGGGCCUACUCUGGGCAAUGGGACUGGAAGAAAGAAAGCCUUUUCUGUAAGAAUAAUGCAUUUGUUAGGUUAUUACAUGCUACAUCAAACAAAAGCUGCUAUUUUCACCAAAGUAACUGUGAGAUCAGUCUAAGCUCAGAGUAGAUAAAUGGUGAGCUUAAAAUAGUGGCGAGUGCCAAGCAAUGUGUGUUUAUUAAAAUCUGUGGCAUUAUGCCACAGUCUUGAUGGCAGUCAUUUGUACUGUAAGAUUAAGAAAACUGAAAUAGGCAGGAUCUCUCCCCGCCCGCCUCUCUGUUGUACAAUGAAGUUAUUCUUCUAUUUAUUAUUUAAACAAGAUGUAGUAAAGAGCACAAAUCAUAAACAGCUGCCUCACAAAAUACAUUUUAACACUACUUUUAAUACUUCAGGAUGAUUAUGUGUUAUUCUCCAGAUUCCACAAAUAAUCUGUUAAAUUGAUUUGUUUUUAUGAAAGCAUGUGAUUGUGCUUAUGGAUAACAGAUCCAUAAA